CAAAAUUUUCUAGGCUCAAGACUCAAGAGCAGGAUCCACUUCUCCCUCCUAAAUAACACAAAUGUUUAGUACCUCCAGAGCCCUCCACCCUCCUCAAAAUUUCUCAAUGAAAUCAAGCUCUAUGAAGAUCAAAACCCUAAUCCACACCCUCGUAGUCUCACACAUGUGCCGAAUUGUUCGAGUUCUGGCCAAAGCAAAAGCCAUUAUCAUAGACAUUAUGAAGGAAACCCAGCUCACAAAAACUAGCACUGGAAAGUAUAAGAGGAGAAAUAUAGUCUUGGGUUCAUUCAGGCUGCACUAUAACUGGUGCUCUAAUUCUCAUGUGUUACCGGUGCCGGCGCCGGUCCUAGAUGCAGCAACUGAGAGCAGCUGGGACUAUGAUUCCUCAUGGAAAUCUAUAAUUUCAUCAGAGCAGUGUGGAGAUGGUGCAGAGUUAUCAGUUUACCUUCAGUGGCUUGAAGAGAAAGUUGAUGAUGAAGAGGAGAAGAAGAAUGAGAUUAAUCGGCUAGCGGAUUUGUUCAUUGCAAACUGCCAUGAGAAGUUUCUUUUGGAGAAGCAAGAGUCACAUAGAAGAUUCCAAGAAAUGCUGGCUAGAAGCUUGUAGCUAGUUAGCUUGCUUUCUAAUUUUAAAUUUGCUUUCCUAUUCUUCUGUCACCGGCCGGCAGUUAAUUAGCUAGGAAAGCACAUAGUUAUUACACAAAAUGGAGGGCUUUCCUUUUUUGGGUUUUUUGUUUUAAUGAAUUUUCCUUGUUAUUGGAGUGGGAUUUGGAAGAAUUGUACACAUGAUGGGCGAUUUGGGUAUUUGUGCAAUUUUUCUCUUGAAAUA